GGCGGCGGCGGCGGCGACGCUUCCUGCGGGCGCGGCCGCUGUGGGCGCGGAGCCGAGCCGCGAGCGAGCGAACGAACGAGCGAGGCGGAGCCGGCGGCCGAGGAGCCGAGCGCAGGUCCCGCGCAGCCCGCGCCGCGAACAAAGGCCGCCAUGAAGCCCGGGCCGCCGCGCCGCGGGACCGCACAGGGGCAGCGCGUGGACACCGCCACCCAUGCGCCCGGGGCCCGCGGGCUGCUGCUGCCACCGCUGCUGCUGCUGCUGCUGGCCGGCCGCGCCGCGGGGGCUCAACGCUGGCGCAAUGAGAACUUCGAGAGGCCGGUGGAUCUUGAGGGCUCAGGGGACGACGACUCGUUUCCUGAUGAUGAACUGGACGACCUCUACUCAGGGUCGGGCUCUGGCUGGCUCUCCUUUCCCCAUCCCACCCCAGACUUCGAGCAGGAGUCCGGCCUUGAGACAGCCAUGCGGUUCAUCCCUGACAUGGCCCUGGCUGCUCCCACCACGCCUGCCAUGCUACCUACGACAGUUAUCCAGCCCGUGGAUACCCCAUUUGAGGAACUCCUUUCGGAGCACCCCAGCCCCGAACCAGUUACCAGUCCCCCGCUGGUGACAGAGAUGACAGAGGUCAUGGAAGAGCCCAGCCAGAGAGCCACCACCAUCUCCGCCACCACAUCUACCACUGCGGCCACCACCACAGGGGCCCCAACGAUGGCUACAGCACCCGCCACAGCAGCUACCACUGCCCCCAGCGCUCCCGCGGCACCCCCUGCCACGACCACCACAGCUGACGAAAGGACCACCGGCAUACAGGGGAUGCUGCCUCUUCCCCUGACCACGGCUGCCACAGCCAAGGUCACUACCCCAGCAGCACCCUCACCGCCCACCACUGUGGCUGCCUUGGACACGGAGGCCCCAACACCUAGGCUGGUCAACACAGCUACCUCGCGGCCACGAGCCCUUCCUUGGCCAGUCACCACCCAGGAGCCUGAUGUGGUUGAGAGGAGUACUCUGCCACUGGGGACCACGGCUCCUGGACCCACGGAGGUGGCUCAGACCCCAACUCCAGAGUCCCUUCUGACCACGAGCCAGGACGAGCCAGAGGUGCCAGUAAGUGGGGGGCCCAGCGGGGACUUUGAGCUGCAAGAAGAGACCACACAGCCGGACACGGCCAAUGAGGUGGUGGCUGUGGAAGGAGCCGCGGCCAAGCCGUCACCGCCUCUGGGGACACUGCCCAAGGGUGCCCGCCCCGGCCCUGGCCUCCACGACAAUGCCAUCGACUCGGGCAGCUCGGCCGCCCAACUCCCUCAGAAGAGCAUACUAGAGCGGAAGGAGGUGCUUGUAGCUGUGAUCGUAGGUGGGGUGGUGGGCGCCCUCUUCGCUGCCUUCCUGGUCACGCUGCUCAUCUACCGCAUGAAGAAGAAGGACGAAGGCAGCUACACCUUGGAAGAGCCCAAGCAGGCAAGCGUCACAUACCAGAAGCCUGACAAACAGGAGGAGUUCUACGCUUAGCAGAGCCACAGUGCCUCCUGCAGCCUCAACUCCGCCUUGCCCAGUCCCUGGCCCCUGCUCCUGGGGCUGGGCCUGGGGCUGGGAUGGAGCCUGGCUCUGCUUCCUGCUGCUCAGGCUGCCAGCAUCACACACACUGUCCUAAGGAGCAGAGGCAUCACCAUCUGCCCCAGACUGUGCCCUUUGACCCCUUCUCUGGUCCCAUUCCCUCCAGCCUGGGGCUUCAGGAUCUUGUGUCCCAUGGACAAGAGGAAGGAAGCCCUGGGUUGCUGGUUGAAACCCCAGGGGCAGGGCCAGGGUUAAGGUGGUCCACAGUGCUUGCUGAUGUCCCCUUCUUGCUACAGAGGCCACCCAUGCUGGCUUCUAGAACCAAUACAUUGGUACAUCUCGCCCUCUAAUUCAAAAUCAUCCAGAUGCUGUGGCCUCGAGCUGCUGUCCCAAGGCCUCUCUCAAUAGGAGGGUGUCCUUUGUCACCAGCCUGAGCUCAUUAUGGGGUCACUGCCCCCUGUCCCCUGCCUAAUGCAUAUGUCCCCAGGCUGCACCUCUUUCUGCAUUGCCUCCCAGGGAAAGGGCUUCCUCAGUGCACAGGGCAGUCAGUGGUAAGUGAGGCCACUUUAUGGUCCCUCCUGUGAGGGAAUGCCACAUCGCCUCUGUCAACCACUGCUCUAACCCUAUAAUGCAUUCACACAGGAGACAAAAACAUACCCAGUCCCGACCACCUGACCAGCGAGACAUCACACACACACCGCCUUCACACAAUGCUCCGAUAUCCUGAUGCUUCUACCACAUAGGCCACUGUCAUUGUCAUCAGUGGCGACCACGCCACCUUCCUCCCAAUCUCUUUACACACAUUGGUCCUGCAUCUGGCUCCUCUAACCAUCCAGGUCACUGAGGAAGGCAGGACCGAGUUGUAGGCAUCAGCCCAUAUUGGGUCCCCCAGAGUCACCCUAUUCCUCUUGGUCCCCACCAUGACACCUAUACCAGCCACACUGAUGCUGAUCCCAGCUGACGUCAGUCACAACCCCACACAGAUGAUGCAGGCUCUCCCUCCCCGCUGUGGCUCACAGAGAAGUUUGGGGCUAGCCUCCACCAGCUGAGUCUGAAGGAAGAAGGGAGCUAGGGUAUCCCAGGACCAAGGAGCUGUGUGGGUUGUCCCUGGUUUCCUUGUAUCUCCUUUCUGCUCUGAGCCAGGAGCUGCCUCUGCCUCCCAGGACACGCGUCUCCAAAGUGCCUGUGAGGGCGGGCUCCGCCCAGGCCCUCUGUGUCCCCUGCCCUGCCCUGGCCUGGGCCUGCCUCAGGCCUACCAACCCUGGGUCCUCUCUGUGGACAUAACUGACCAAACAACUUGGCAGUUCUGGCUACAACCAGAUGGACCCAUAGCCCAAUAGGCUCAUCCCAAUGCCGUAGGCCCCGAGGGUCAUUGAUGGGGACAAGGGUGUCACAGGCCUCAAGUCUACCAUCCUGUCUCUGUUAUCCUUAGAAGUGGGAUCACCAUCCUCUAUGUGAAAGGGACAUGCUGAGGGAGCUCUCAGCACCAAAGGGACACACACGGCUUGGGUAGUGAUCAGCCUGCACCCCUACGCCAUCUCUCAUGUGUCCCAGGUUCAGUCAGGUGACCACACAGUUUCUUUCUGUUUCAUUUUAAAGAUUCCCUGACAGCAGAGUUGGGCAGAAUGAAGAACCACAUCUGGGCAAUGGGACAGGAUCUAGGCGAUUGGCACAGCUUGUCUUUCUGGGGUGGGGGUGGGGGCCCCCUGUCAGGCUCUGUUCUGUCUUCCAGGCCCCCCCCCCCCCCCACCGUGACUCCCUUGAUGGAACUUUAGAGUUUUGUAAGCCAGUCGGCCAGGUCUUUAAGGAGGGGAAGGAAUGAGCAGCGUCCUAGGCCCAGGAGACAUGGAGAAGGGAGCUUGGUCAAGAUCCUCCCUGCAGUAGGAGCUGGGUAGGGGUAGGGCGGAGAGGAGAGCCAGUGUCCCAGACCCUCCCACUACUCCCUGGGAAGCUGCAGUCUUGGUGACUAGAGCUUUAGAGAGAAAAGCUCUGCAGCUAGGAGAGACAGCCUCCAGGUGCUCAACCCAAGGGGACACCGGGACCAUGGCAGGAGGCCCCAGCUUCUGUGUUGGACUAGAGCCCACUUCUCACAUCAAAGAGUGGCUCUGGCCCAGUGGCUGUGGGUCUUAAGUAUGGGGUCCAGGCCCCAAGGCCAAUGUUUAGGCCUUAUGCCCAUGACGUUUGACCUGAAGGCUAACGGUGUGAGUAGCCCAGAGACUGGGCUAGCCUGGUGAGGCCAGGACGAUUUAAGAGACCUCAGUUCCAAGGAUGAACUGAACUCUUCCUAGUGCAAUGUGGGUGUGGGGGUUCCCACCCCGCCCCAGAAACAGUGCGGUACAGGCAGAGCCUGCCUGAAGGAGGCCAGAGACACCUCAGUGCUCCUGGCAAGGUUUUCAGGAUGCCGGCAUGCCUGGAAUGCACGGUGCAUUCUGAAUCAGAGGAGUUGAUGUGUCCUGGACCUCUCGGAGCCCUGGUUUCCCUAGAGAGUAAGACAUGCUGGUGGGGGGCGUGGGCAGAGAGCUGAAGGGCCAAGCUUUGUCUCUCUUGGGGGCCAGACGAGGGACUCUGUGUGCAAGGUUGACUCCCUUUGGUUGCCUGAGGCAUGUGGGUGACAGCCAGGACUGGCUGAGCAGAUCUGCGGCAACAGCUUAGGGUGCUGGGUCCAGACUCCAGGGGCUUGGCUUAGCUACCCAUCAGGCCUCCAGGCUGGGGCUCGCACCACAGAGAGCAGAGCCAACUCUGUCUUCAGGGCAGGGGUGGCUGCCUGGGCUGUCCUCGCUUUCUCCUGCGAUGUGCACCCCCAGCCUUGGUGUCUGUAAAUAGAAGCCUACACUGUACAGAUCUACAGAGAGGCCCAAACUGGGCCCUGGAGUCACCAUCUGAGGGGCUGUUGGCCUGGCUUCCCACAGGUGCCCUCUGGGUGCUUGGGUAUGACUGGCCCCGGUGUGGUGAAUGCAUGUAAAUACUUUUCGUAGACAGUGUGGCUCCAGAGAGCCCCCUGAGACAGUGUACCCCUCUACUGGUUCAUCCUCUCUCCUGUACAGAGCCCUCCUAGCCCCUGGGCCACCAGGAACAGGGGUUUCCUCCCUUCCCCAGGCUUUUCCUACCCGUUCUCUCCCUAUAACCUGUUUAUUAACCAACCCUGUCCUGAGUUCAUGGCCAAAACUUUAAAUAAGAAAAGGAGGAGAGGGUCAGAUGGAUAAAGAUAAAGAUACCGAGGCCUGGUCCAUCCUAGCACGGGUGCUCGCCCACCCCUGGCUUGGGAAGGACAGGGCUUGCUUUGUUAUGUUUUCUGUUUGUUUUGUUUUUGUUUUUUUAACAUUUCCCUGUGCUGUGCCCAUUUAUAAGAGGAAAUAAAAUUAAGCUGAAAGAU